AUGGAUGGUUGGGUGGAGAAAAAGAAAAGGAAGAAGACGGACCGCAACAGGGUACUUGAUGUCGAUAAAAUGCUCGACGAAAUAGAUGCCGAAGAUCCGGUGGACGACGAGGAGAUUGAAAGGAUUCAGCGGCUGGAGGAGGAGUUUGGUGACUUGAGGCGUUUUACGCCUGACGAGGUUGAGGACCUCCUGGGGCCGGAAACGCCGAAGUCUGGAGAUCGCGAGCCAAAGCCAAGCGAGCAUGGAGAUCGCGAGCCAAAGCCCAACGAGACUGGAGAUCACGAACCAAAGCCCAACGAGGCUGGAGAGCGCAAGCCAAGCGAGGCUGGAGAUCACGAGCCAAAGCCAAGCGAGCCUGGAGAUCGCGAGCAGCCCAUGGCUGCCCAGCAAAAGUACGCAGAGGCUCAUUUGAAGAUCUUUGGAUCCGAUGCCAUCACGUUGGAUGAUAGUUCCAGUGAAACCGAUCUGGCUACGAUGGAAGCUUUAGUGGAGCAGAGAAAUUUUGUGCAUCCAGAUGCCGUUGCCACCGACCCUCUUCUCAAUAGAUUGCAACAUCUGCUGGGUGGGCAUUCUUUAGUGUUUGUCCCAACCGAGGAAAAGGACGAGCAAGGAUUGGACACUUCCAAGGGCAAUGCCAAGAAAAAGGCCAGCGGGGACACGAUUCCGGAUGAUGAAGGGAAUAAGAAGAAGAAAAAAGGAAAAAAGGCUCCGGAGGAGCCCAACAAGACUUUCGCCGGUCGCCCGCCGCCGACAACCACGCCGUUUCUCUGGAGAUUUCAGUUUGCUGCUGAAGCUUUCCAGGAGCAUUUGUCCGGAAAAGUCGCGAUGGCGAAAGACAAAGCCGAGCGAAAGUUCCUGGCAUAUGUGUCCGAGCAGGGCCUCAGCACGAUGACUGAUCAGACAGAAAUUGAAAUCUUCUGUCACGAUAUGGCAGUGGCAUUUCUGCUGCACGAG